GGAGCUGGGGGAGAGGGGAUAGGCUUGGAAAGGAGAGGGUUAAAGGUGGGGCCAGCCCUACAAACACGCGCACACACUUCUUACUCAGACCCGGUCACACGCGUUUCCCUGGCACUUAAUGCGGGGCGGUGUUGGGGCCUGGGCCCGAGUCCUCUGCACCCAAGGCUUUUGCUGCCCGGCUUUGGGAGGUCGCGGACCCCACUGCCUCAAUUCACACCUCGGGAGCCCCCUCUCUUACGCGCACACAUGCUCCGGCGCGCGCGCACACCUCGGACAUUCCCAUAGUGCCUCACGUGACACACGGCCCCGAACGUGCCCACCCUUCACACACGCUCACGCACGCGUGCACACACGCACACACAAACACUCACGGCCUCCCGGUCACUUCCCCCUCCAUCCGACCCCCGCCUGCAUCCCCGCUUAAGGCGCUCAUUGACUAUGACACACCUACACUCAUUCACAGACACACACUCCCCCCACACAUGCCAGCCACAGACACACAUUCAUAAACAGGGCCAGGAGAAGUACACACGCACCCCCUCGCCUACUGUUUCGGGAGCCCUGAGUCAUUCCUGCCCCCUCCCAGGGCUCCCCACUUCCCUGUGUGCAGGCACACAGGCCGGGCUUAGGAGUUCUUUGUCUGCCCUCUUCACCUGAGCCCUGCGGCCUCUCCCAGAGCCCCCUUCCCCUCUGUGUUCCCUCAGACACAGCCGAGGACUUCCUGUGGGUCCCAGGUCAGGGGUGAGGAGGGCCUGGAGGGUUGCCACAAACCCAGUGUGAGUUGGGGAGGCGCUUCCUUUUCCUGAACUCUGGGAUCCUACAGGAGGAAGCUGGGAAGUUGGGCGGGGGCCCAGCAGAGGAUGUGCUGACCGUGGUGGGGCUGACCCUCCCAGAGCACUGGGCCUUCCUUAGGGAGGAGCCAGGGGUGCCGGAGGCCUGGCAUGAGGAGCUUGUCAGAGAGGUAUUUGGGGAAGUGAGGCCUGGGGUGGGGAGGGGGCUGAGGAGUAAGUCAAGGCAGGCCUCAUCUGGGCCCCCUGUGCUGGGAAGGCAGCGCUCUCCUGUCCACAGGUCUCCCUGGGUUCCGGAAAGAGUCCUUCUCUGCUUCUGGCUUCGCUUACUUGUCCCUAUUUGUCCCUGCUCCCUCUGUCCCCUGCAAGUCUUACUUGCUUCUGGUCCCAGCCCCUUCCUCAGGGCAGCAGAGAAGAGAAGAUGGGUCUGGGAGGGAGCUGUGAGACACAGAGGCAGGACCAGGCUGCAUCUCAGCUGGCCACAGAGCUCCUCAGGCCAGGACAAGGGGUGUUGGGACAAGCUCUGGGCCCCCCUCCCCACCGUUGCUCCUGCUCUCCCAGGAGGCCCAGGGCGGGCUGUGGCCCAGGCCCUUGCCAUGGAGUCCAUGUUUGAGGAUGACAUCAGCAUCCUGACCCAGGAGGCCCUGGGGCCCAGUGAGGUGUGGCUGGAUGCCCCUGGAGACCCCUCGCUGGGGGAGGACAUGUGCUCUGCCUCCCACUUUGCCCUGAUCACAGCCUACGGAGACAUCAAGGAGAGGCUGGGGGGCCUGGAGAGGGAGAAUGCCACCCUCCGCCGCCGCCUCAAAGUCUACGAGAUCAAGUACCCACUGAUCAGUGACUUUGGGGAGGAGCACGGUUUCUCUCUGUAUGAAAUCAAGGAUGGUUCCCUGCUGGAGGUGGAGAAAGUCAGCCUGCAGCAACGGCUCAACCAGUUCCAGCAUGAGUUGCAGAAAAACAAGGAGCAGGAAGAACAGCUUGGGGAGAUGAUCCAGGCUUACGAGAAGCUCUGCGUAGAGAAGAGUGACCUGGAGACGGAGCUGGGGGAGAUGCGGGCCCUGGUGGAGACUCACCUGCGGCAGAUCUGUGGUUUGGAGCAGCAGCUGCGGCAGCAGCAAGGCCUCCGGGAUGUAGACUUCCCCAGCCUGAGCCCCCCGCCCGCCCCUGCCCCGCCCUGUGCUGAUCUGGACCUUCACUACUUGGCACUGAGAGGGGGAUCCAGCUUGAAUCAUGCAGGCUGGCCAGGCGCCACGCCGAGUAUGAGUGAGCUGGAGCGGCGGCGGCUGGAAGAGGCUCUGGAGGCUGCCCAGGGAGAGGCCCGAGGGGCUCAGCUUCGGGAGGAGCAGCUCCAGGCCGAGUGUGAGCGGCUGCAGGGGGAGCUGAAGCAGCUGCAGGAGACCCGGGCCCAGGAUCUAGCCUCCAACCAGUCGGAGCGGGACAUGGCGUGGGUGAAAAGAGUUGGGGAUGAUCAGGUAAAUUUGGCACUGGCUUACACGGAGCUGACCGAGGAGCUGGGCCGGCUUAGGGAGCUGAGUUCGCUGCAGGGGAGGAUCCUGAGGACGCUGUUGCAGGAGCAGGCCCGGAGUGGCGGCCAGAGGCACUCGCCGCUGUCGCAGCGCCACUCCCCGGCCCCCCAGUGCCCCUCGCACUCCCCGCCGGCCCGCGCGGCGCCCCCGUGUCCCCCUUGCCAGUCCCCUGUCCCCCAGCGCCGCUCCCCUGGGCCCCCCUGCCCCUCGCCCCAGCAGCGCCGCUCUCCGGCCUCGCCCUCCUGUCCGUCGCCCGUCCCGCAGCGCCGCUCGCCGGUGCCGCCGCCGUGUCAGUCCCCCAGCCCGCAGCGCCGCUCCCCAGGGCCCCCCACCUGCCCGGCCCCGCAGCCCCGGCCUCCGCCGCCCCCGCCGCCCGGGGAGAGGACGCUGGCCGAGCGAGCCUACGCCAAGCCGCCCAGCCACCACGUGAAGGCCGGCUUCCAGGGCCGGCGCAGCUACUCCGAGAUGGCGGAGGGCGCGGGCUACGCGGGCGCCUCCCCGCCCUGGCUGCAAGCCGAGGCGGCCACGCUGCCCAAGCCGCGGGCCUACGGCGGCGAGCUCUACGGUCCCGGCCGGCCCCUCAGUCCGCGGCGCGCCUUCGAGGGCAUCCGCCUGCGCUUCGAGAAGCAGCCGUCGGAGGAGGAGGAGUGGGCCGUGCCCGCCAGUCCGCCCAGCCCGGAGACCGGCGCCAUCCGCUGCGCCUCGUUCUGCGCGGGCUUCCCGGUCCCCGAGUCGCCCGCCGCCACCGCCUACGCCCACGCCGAGCACGCGCAGUCCUGGCCGUCCAUUAACCUGCUGAUGGAGACAGUGGGCUCUGAUAUCCGCAGCUGCCCCCUCUGCCAGCUGGGUUUCCCAGUCGGGUACCCAGAUGAUGCCCUCAUCAAACACAUUGACUCCCAUCUGGAGAACAGCAAGAUCUAGGGUGCCUCCCCCCACCCACUGGCAGUUUCUCCUCCUCCUCCCAUCACCCCCACUCACUCACUCACUUUGAAUGCUGCAUGAAUCUCGUGGGGGGCCCCUGCCCCUUGCGACCCCCAGAUACCUCCACUAGCUACUGAGUCAACAUGUGUGCCGUCUUCCCUGGUCCAGGCACCACUCAGCCCUGACUCUUCCCGGGAGGUCAACCGAGGCUCUCCCCAGCUCCCUGGCUUCUGCUGGGGAGAUGGGAAGGGCUGGGAUGGGGAGGGGCGUAUCCUACCCAGCCUCUCUUUCUGCCUUUCUCUUCUCAAACAGUUGGAUCCAAGAAGGUAUCUAGUGCUUGGGCCUGGGAGAGGGGAGGGUAUCAGAAGACUCCAGAAGCUCCCCCAGCCCCUACCCAGAUGGCCACAUUUCUCAGGCUGUGCUCUGUCCAGGGAGUGCCUCCCUGUGGGGCCCCAGAGCCUGCCCUGCACACUGAUGCCGGUUCCUCUGUCCCCUGGCCAGGUUGGAGCUCGUGGCAUGGGCCCCCCACUGGGGGAAGGAGGCAUCUUGUUUCUUGCCAUUCCCUGCAGGCCAGCCUUAUUUCCCCCCUCAGCCCACCCUGGGGAAUAGGGAGGGUGGGAGAGGAGAGGGAGGAUCCUAAAGGACUGGGAGCAUCUGGCCCCAAGAGUCUGCCCUGAGGCACCAUGGCCCGCAGGCUGGUGAACCAUCUGUGUCUGCCUCCCAGGCCCAUGCCCUCCUUCUGGAGCCCCCAGUGUCAAGGCACAGGUUGUUAAGGCAGAUGCGUCCCCCCAACCUGACCCCACUCAAGCCCUGACACCACAGGUGCCCUGGAGCCCAGGUGUGACUCAGCCUCCAAUAGCUGGGUGGAUGUUAUCAGGCCAGCCUCCCAGGCCAGAACCUGAGGAUGGGCCCAGGGUGCUGUGGAGAUCAACUUAAAAAGAGCUAACCCCCUUCCCACACCCCAGCGACCCACAUUCCCUCUGUGAAAUCUACCUCAGAGUCGUACCCUCAGAAGGACGGGUAAGCAGGAGGCCAGGGGGUCCCCGGGGCUGAGAUGGGGAGCUUCCCAGGCAAGAGCCUGCUGCCCCACGAUAAGUCCACUCUCCUCCACUGCGAGCCUCUCCCAGGCCUCAGCCCGGGCGGGGGCAGUGGGUGCUGCUGUCAGUGCACGUACCAUUCUGACCCAACUCUUCCAGGCCCCCCACCUCCUCACCCACCCCCCUCCUCAGUGCAGGGGAGGGAGGGGGUGUGUCGGGGCGGGGCAAGUGGCCGAGGACUACAGGGACACCUGGCAUUGUACCUUAAGUGUCCCCCUAGGGAGGCGAAACAGGGAAGGGGGACUGGAAAGGGGAGGCGGGGCCCCUGAGCUCUCUGAACAAGUUGAAAGUCCAAAUAAAACUUACCUGUUCCAUCUGUGCUC